ACAGAGGGGAUGGAUGGAUGGAUGGAUGGAUGGAUGGAUGGAGAGAUAAAUGAGAAAUGGAUAGAUGGAUCGUUAACAGACUAAGCUCCUGGUGUGAGCUGGCCUUAUCUGAGACAUACUUUUGCAACAUAUUCACACACACCCUGUGAUGGAUGCCUUUAAGGGAUUGUGCUGGCUUUCUGUUGUGCUAAUUAGUUUCAGGUCAGUGUGUGUUAUGGAGCUGUGUUUGUGAGUGUGUGUGUUGUAAGCCUGGUUGAUCCCUCUCGCAAACGUCACUCUCGCUCUACCGACUUUUCCGAACAGCCCAGAUCCAGCUGCUGUUCUCGGUGGGAUCAGGAGGACGUUAUAACGCAGGUUCCCUUCCCGUGUGUAUUCUUAGCGUCCAACACACACUACAGACUGAGUCACUCAGAGUCAUGGGAUUAAAACCUUGAUGACUAACAUCACACCCAAUGAGUGAUGCUUCUCUAUCUGGACACUUGCCUCGAUCUUCUCUGUUUUUUUUAAGUCAGCCCUGAUCAAAGCCAAGAGGAUGCAUCAACCUGGGAAAAGAAGUUAUGUCUGGUUUGGAAUCCUUCCAGACACUAGGCAUCAUUUCUGAGAUGGUUUAAAGCUGACCGACUUGGACCAGAAAUUUAAAGGCUUGUGACUCUGGAUACAGAUGGGGAAUAUAGGCUGGAAAAACCAGCCAUCCAUAGAGGAGGCCGACCCUGACCCUGGUCAGGAAAUUCAACAGGAUGCAGACUCUCAGAGGUCCCACCUGUCCUCCUUCACCAUGAAGCUGAUGGAUAAGUUCCAUUCGCCCAAGAUCAAGCGAACGCCUUCCAAGAAGGGCAAGCAGCAUACGCCGGAGCCGCCCGCCAAAAGCACGGAGAAACCAGUCAACAGGAAGGUGAGCCGAUUGGAGGAGCAGGAGAAGGAGGUGGUGAGUGCGCUGCGCUAUUUUAAAACCAUCGUGGACAAGAUGGCGGUGGACACCAAAGUUCUGCAGAUGUUGCCAGGGUCCGCCAGCAAAGUGUUGGAGGCCAUUCUGCCCCUCGUACAGGUGGAGGCCAGGAUCCAGCAUAGCUCGGCCAUUGCCUCCUGUCAUAACCGAGUGUAUCAGAGUUUGGCUAAUCUCAUUCGCUGGUCCGACCAGGUGAUGCUGGAAGGCAUUGACCUCGACGACAAGGACACUGUGACAACUGUUACCGCGGUGAUAAAGGCGGUGCUGGACGGUGUGAAGGAGUUGGUGAAACUAACUAUAGAGAAGCAGGAGCAUCCAUCCCCAACAUCCCCCAACAAGCCAGUAAUCCCUGCAGCCAAAACAGAAAGUGUAUGUGAGAUGCCUCUAACAGAGCGGGAGAAGGAAAUCCUGAGUAAGACCACACCAAUCGCCACGCCCACAGACAGCUUGACUGAUAUUUCUGAGGAGGAAGUGGCUCCACCCAAGCCUCCGCUCCCUGGACUGAAGUUAGCAGAACACAGGAGCAGGAUGCAGUUGUGCUCCGAUCCUGUUGCCGGGCAGUGGAGGGCCACAGUGAUGGAAACCCCACCAGCUUUACCUCCAAAGAAGCGUCAGUCUGCACCCUCUCCCACACGAGUUGCCAUUGUAGCGCCCAUGAGCCGGACUAACUGUGGCCUCAACCUGCCACAUAAACAGCAGGAGUAUGAGGUGGACCUCCUCCAGAGACGUUUUUCUGGCGGCAGCCAAUCAUACGGCGGAGACUCUCCCCGCCUCUCGCCCUGUAGCAGCAUGGGAAAGCUCAGCAAGUCUGACGAGCAGCUUUCAUCCCUGGAGAGAGACAGCGGCCAGUGCUCGCGCAACACCAGCUGCGAAACACUCGAUAACACAGAAGGGUACGAUCCCGACUACGACUUCCUCCAUCAGGAUCUUUCCGUAUCCGAGCCUUUACCGUUUCCCACAGGUCCCAGCAGUUGCCUGAGCCCUCUCCCAGAAUGCCUCAGUGAAUCUCCGUCCCCUGGCCCCACCCACUCCCGCUUCAGUGCCCCCCUGACCAGCCAGAGCUCUCUGGAUCAAUGGACUCCACCCUCCUCUGCUGGGGCGUCCAAUGGGGAGCAGCCCCCCGCCCUGCCGCAGAAGAAGCGGCGUUCGGCUCCGAUCCUGUCGACCUGCCAGCUGUACGAGCGGCUGCCGUCACAAUACGACAACUUCCCCGAGGAGGACUCGCCCACCCCGCCGUUUCCAUUGGUAACACCUGUGUCUCCCGGGACGCAGUGUAACGGGGGCGGAGUCCAGUCUCCGAGUUUCUCCAGUGACAGCCCUCCACCUCUACCAGAGAAGAAGAGCAAAACUAUCAUGCAGUACAUGCAGUUUGUGGAGGAUUACUCGGAGCCACAGCCGUCUGUCUUCUACCAGACCCCGCAGAGCGAGCGCAUCUAUGAGCAGCGGCGGAACAAACACUUCCAGGAGGUUUACGGCAUUCACGAGUCUUACAGCAGCUCGGAUUCAGUGCAUGAGCCCCCGCCACCACCUGCCCUUCCGCCAAAACAGAGACAGCUGGCACCUCAUUCUUCCUCUCCCUCCUCCUCUUCUUCCUCUUCCCUUUCACUUCUCCCUCCUUCCGCUGGUGUUCCGGAGGAGGCGGAGUCUGCUCUUGGUCUCAGCCUAUCUAUGUCUAACUCCUUCCUUAGUGGCCACGCCUCUCUGACCACACCCAUGAGCGAGAGUGCCAAUGAUGAAGGUGGAGAGGGAGAGGGAGAGGGAGAAUAUGUGAAUCUGUACUCCGCCACACAGGCCAACGGUGACGCUACACACCACCCAGAUGUGCCCACACACUGUGAUGAUGUCAUUCAGGACCCCGCCCCCCAUAUACCCCCGUCCAAUAGUAAGGAGGCUUUAGCCAAGGACAGGUUGAAGUCUGUGGAGUCGAGUCACUCUGUCCACGAGGAUGUGGAUGAGCUUUCACUGGUGGAUCAUAAAGAGAUCAUGACCCGCAUCACUCUCAAAGCCGAGGGUGAUGAUGGGCCUGAUGUGAGAGCUGGCUCCAGUGAUAUUCUGUUAGUCCACGCUACAGAAACGGAUCGCAAAGACCUGGUCUUGUAUUGUGAAGCUUUCCUGACGACGUACAGGACCUUCAUCAACCCCGAAGAUCUCAUUAAAAAGCUCCACUACAGAUAUACUCAUUUCUGCCACAGUCCGGACACGUUUAAGAAGCGCGUCAGUAAGAACACCUUCUUUGUGCUGGUGAGGGUGGUGGAUGAGCUCUGUCUGGUGGAGCUGACUGAGGAUAUCCUGAGGCAGCUGAUGGACCUGGUGUUUCGACUGGUGUGUAACGGGGAACUCAGUCUGGCUCGGGUUCUCCGCAAGAACAUUCUGGAUAAAGUGGAACAGAAGAGACUACUGCGACACACACACAUCCUCAAACCGCUCGCUGCACGAGGGGUCUCUGCUAGACCCGGCACCCUGCAUGAUUUCCGCAGUCAUGAGAUUGCUGAUCAGCUCACGCUUCUGGAUGCCGAGCUCUUCUACAAGAUUGAGAUUCCAGAGGUACUUCUGUGGGCGAAGGAGCAAAACGAGGAGAAGAGUCCCAAUCUGACUCAGUUUACAGAGCACUUUAACAACAUGAGCUACUGGGUGCGCUCUAUAAUCAUCCAGCAGGAGAAAGCUCAGGACAGAGAGAAGCUGCUGCUCAAGUUUAUUAAGAUCAUGAAGCAUCUGCGGAAGCUGAAUAACUUCAACUCAUAUUUGGCCAUUCUGUCGGCUCUGGACUCUGCACCAAUCAGGAGGCUCGAGUGGCAGAAGCAGACGUCAGAGGGUUUGGAGGAGUACUGCACUUUGAUUGACAGCUCGUCCUCUUUCCGAGCUUACAGAGCAGCGUUAGCUGAUGUGGAGCCACCCUGCAUCCCUUACCUGGGGUUGAUCCUGCAGGACCUGACCUUCGUUCAUCUGGGGAAUCCAGAUCUUAUUGAAGGAAAGGUGAAUUUUUCAAAGCGCUGGCAGCAGUUCAACAUCCUCGACAGCAUGAGACGCUUCCAACAAGUACACUACGAGCUGAAGCGGAACGACGACAUCGUUACCUUCUUCAACGACUUCAGCGACCACCUGGCGGAGGAGGCGCUGUGGGAGCUGUCCUUAAAGAUCAAACCACGGAACAUCACACGCCGCAAAACAGAGCGCGAGGAGAAAACCUAGAACCCUGUGAGCUAGAACCUCUUCCACAACGCUUUACGGCCAGGCGGCGUGAAGCUAGCCUUUCGGUGGUGAGCUAAAGGACGGGAUAAAACAAUUACAAACCUUUGCUGAAAGGAGGAGACUGAAGCAAACGCAAUAUACUUUCCCCCAGGGGAGAGGCGGAACAUUAUACAGAUAUAUGCAUAGACACACGUGCACACACACAGUGUAAGACUUAACUUGUAUAUAUGCAUAUUUUGUGUGUGUGUGUGUGUGUGCAUGUGUGUAUGUGUGUGCAUGUUUGUGAGAGGAAGAUGCAGAUAUUUGGGAGGGUUUGGUUAAUCUGGAUCACUGUUUAUGCAUCAGAGAAGACCAGACGCACUCAUAAAUACUCAAACCCAGUGAACUCGAGCUCGAACAACGCCCGGCUCAAACUGGAGCAGCUGGACGUUCUGCUGGACGACCGCUGGGAUCUGAGACGGGAAACAGAACAAGUGAAAUCAUGUGGGAAAACUAAAGACUUUGGGUUAAACUGGAUUUUGUGCGUAUGUGUGUGUGUGAGCGAGAGAAAGUGUGUGUGUGUGUGUGUGUGUGUGUGUGUGUGUGUGUUUGAGAGAGAAAAAGAGUAAAAGUAUUUGUCUCCGUCCCGAUGGCAUCAGCCAGCUAGACCAGACUGUGAUGUCACAAGUAGGGGUGGGGUAGCUACGUGUUGCCAGGCAACAGUUUGCGUAUAAGUUGGGUUGUUUUUAAUUGAAUGAUAUAUAUUGUGUAUGAUAUUGCUGAUGUACAGCUGCGGCGUGUAUUCUCUGCGUAUAUAGGAAGCAGUUAUGAGGAGAGGAGAACAGGUGGGUCUUUUUGUAUCUCAAACCAAACAAUUUAUGCACUAAAAAAGAAAAGAAAAAAAAAAACAUCAACAAAAAGCAAAAACAUUAGGACUGACGAUGCUGUGAUCUCUGUCAAUUUGUUCCAGUGUCCACGUGCGUGUGUGUGAGGAUGUGUGCAAGUCAACCAGUCUUUAAGUGUGCAAGGGUGUGUGUGUGUGUGUGUGCGCGUGUGUGUUGUGGUGUUGCUGUAAAUUCCUGGGAAAUUGUUUUGUGCUACACUCACCACAUAUUGUGCUUUCAUCCACCAAUAAAACUGCUCUUUCUAUAUAUGUA